UUAAAUGUUGACAGAUUCCAUCUUAAAACUUGCAGUCGAUUUGGAUCAAAGCUACCAGAACUUGACUACAUCAACUCAUAUGACAUGGCAUCAGAUAGUAUUUUCUCUGAUUUCCUUGAUCAACUUGUAAUUGACAUCGUUUAUCACAACAAUCUAAGCCUUUCAGCCUUGGAUCUUAUUGAUUAUCAAAACUCAGAAACACUUUAUUACCAAUCUUAUGAUGAUCAUCAAGCUUUACAGCCCAACCAACACUUUACCUACAAUGAUUACGUUAAACUGAGAGCAAACACUUUACUACUCGCUAGACUUGGAUACAAGUUGACAAUAACAUUGAAUACUGACAACGUUGAACCAGAACCUUGGAAUCCAAAAGUAGCCAAGAAAAUAUUAUCCGUCGAUUAUUCACAAUUGAGUUUAGUGAAGGAUUGUUACCAUGCACAAGCGCCUCUGGACCGAUUAGAAACAUUCCUUUUAGCAGACGUGGUAAAUGCUUUUCAAGAUGAUGAACCAAUUAAUUUGCCUGACAUUUCGCGCAAAGUCCAUACGAAUCCCUCACCAGCUAAAUUUGUCUCCAUUUGCAUGAGGCUUAAAAGUUUGAGAAAACUAUGUAAUAACGAUAAAAUUGUGCUGAUAUCUGGUUCAUUUUAUGAGAUCGUUUCUCUGAAUGUCGUUUUUAAAUACAAUCAAUCUAAUGAUGAAUGGAUACUCACAGAAUAUGGGUCAAGAUUUGGAAGACGUGACUUUUUCAUUUGGAAUCGUUUAUUACAUGACAAGUCUGUUUCUGUUAUUGAAUCAUUUCCAGAUCGAUGGAGAAAGGAUGAAGUAGUUGAAACUUUGCUUAGUCUAUUAAUUAUUUUCAACCCUGAUCAAGUUGGACUCAUAUUCGCAGAUUCGGUCAGGCAUGAACAAUAUAUUUACAUACAUCUGCUUAAGCGAUAUUUGGAGUCAGUUUGCGAAUCGCCCUGUGACGCUUCAGACAAUCUUUACAGGUUAAUGGUGGCUGUUGAAAAAUUCCGGGAAAUGGGUGAAAUUAUAUGCAAAAAUACGAAUUGUUUCGAGACUGGUUAUCACAGAUCUUUACAAAACCUGGUCAUCAAUGAAAUUUAUAAUAACAAGUAGACUCUAAAAGUGUACGUAUUAAUAAAUGAUGCAGCCAAACACUUGUCGACUUGAAAGACUCUAAAAAGACUGAAUUAAAUAAUCUGCAACUUUUUUCAUAA